AACCACAUACGUGAAUAACCCGGAGUGUAGUGUGAGACUUUCAUUCUGAAAAUUGGCCGUUGAGAAUUGUGACCCCACAAAAUGGCGACAGUUUCCAUGGCGUGGUCUCUCUCUCUCCCCACAUUUACAUCUUCAACAUCGGAACUUCGCCGAGUCAACCGAUUCUCAGUUAUGGCUUCUGCUAGUGUAAACAAAGAGAAGACUUGUUUGGGAGUGAAAGUUACUGAUGGGGAAGGGAAUUUACCAAAGGUCGUUUUGACUUCUUCUCAUGGCAGUGAGGCUGAGAUAUACUUAUUUGGAGGUUGCAUUACAUCAUGGAAAGUUUCCAGCAAGGAUCUCCUUUUUGUUCGGCCAGAUGCUGUGUUUAAUGGACAGAAACCUAUCAGCGGAGGUGUUCCACAUUGUUUUCCGCAAUUUGGACCCGGCCAAAUACAGCAGCAUGGGUUUGCAAGGAACAUGAAUUGGUCACUUGUCGAUUCUGAAAAUGUGGAUGGGAAUCCUGUUAUUACUCUAGAGUUAAAGGAUGGUCCUUACAGUCGUUCUAUGUGGGAUUUCAGCUUUCAAGCUCUAUACAAGGUCAUUCUUGAUUCCAAAAGCCUUUCAACAGAGUUAAAGAUCACAAAUACUGACAAGAAGCCAUUUUCAUUUACUACUGCCCUGCAUACAUACUUCCGAGCUUCCGUAACAGGGGCAUCAGUGAAAGGUUUAAAAGGUUGCAAGACACUAAACAAAGAUCCAGAUCCGAAAAAUCCACUAGAGGGCAAGGAGGAAAGGGAUGUGAUCACUUUUCCGGGAUUUGUAGACUGUGUUUACCUUGAAGCCCCUAAUGACGUGCUACUUGAUAACGGUUUGGGUGAUGUAAUAUCUAUCCGGAGUAGAAACUGGUCUGAUGCUGUUCUGUGGAAUCCACAUCUGACAAUGGAAGCAUGCUACAAAGACUUCGUCUGCGUUGAAAAUGCCAAGAUUGGAGAAGUUCAUCUAGAUCCUGAAGUUUCUUGGACUGCUACUCAACAUCUAAGCACUGCAUGAAGUGUUCAUGUGAACAGUUCUUUUGAUGCUAUUCCUAAUCCAACAGGUCUUCAUGACUAACUGUUCAUCAUGAAAGUUAAUUAUGUUUUUUGUCUUGUUUACCUCAGAUUGGAGAAGUUCAUCUAGAUCCUGAAGUGUUUCUUGGACUGCUACUCAACAUCUAAGCACUGCAUGAAGUGUUCAUGUGCAUCAUUUUCCCUUCUUUCUUUCUUUUUUUAUUUUUUUUAUUUUAUUUCCUCUUUACUUCUCUUUUUUUAACUCCUGUUUUGAAGAACUUUUGGGUAAAACAGAAGGUGUACUUCCUAAUGCUAAUAAAAAUUAUAUCAGGUUGAUGUAUCUUUGAUUGAA